CCAAGGAAUCGAUCCACGAAAAAUGCAUCCGAAGAAGAUCGUCGCGUUCAUUAUUUUGGGUUUGACGGCGACCCAGGUUGACGCCGUUCCAACGUCCAAGAUCGAGGAGCAGAGGUUGGAGGAGGAGAUUCUGAAAGCGGAUCACGAAACCUUGGGCAACGAAAGAUCGAAGAAAUCGGUGCUUCUUCUCAACAACCAACUUCCAACCAUAACCUCCAGCCAGACCUACAAUCUGCCCUUGCAGCAGACACUCGGCCUCCAGCCAUCCUCGCAAACUCUCGAAACUCUGAUCCAGCCCAACAGUCAGAUCCUCAACGUCCAAUCGGCACCGCGCACCCUCGAAACCGUCAACCUUCUGCCCAACGGCCAACCACUCGUCAAUAUCCAAUCGUUGCCCCAAACCGUGGAAACUGUCAGCAUCCAACCCAACGCUCAACCGGCUCAGCUUCUCAACAUCCAAUCGGGUCCUCGAACCGUGGAAACUGUCAGCGUCCAACAACCUGUUCAAACCGUCAACCUUCUGCCCAACGCUCAACCGGUCGUCAACAUCCAAUCGUUGCCGCAAACCGUCGAGACCGUCAGCAUCCAACAACAACAACAACAACCUGUUCAAACCAUCAGCGUCCAGCCCAACGCUCAACCGGUCGUCAACAUCCAAUCGUUGCCGCAAACCGUCGAGACUGUGAGCAUCCAAAAACCCCAACUCCAAGCAUUGAAUCUGCAAGCAGGCGGGCAAACGCUGAGCGUGUUCCCCCAACCGACGGUGAUCGCGCAGCCACCUCUCCCAGCUCAAACCAACGUGAACAUCGUCCCACAGAGUCCAUCGGUGUCGGUGAAGGAGGUCCAGGUCGAAUCCUUGGCGUUGUCGUCCCCGUCCUCUGUCGUCGAGAGGAUCACUCAGGGAUUCGUCAACCCUCUCGACGAGAAGGUGAUCGUCUCGCCAUCUUUGAACGAGUUGUCGCUAGUGCCAGCCAGUGGUGAACAGGUCCUCGUCUCGCCGUCCACCUCUUUUUUUACCAUGGUCAAGCCAGUCGAGACGACGUCCUACGUGAACGUGCCCCAAGUGUAUUACAACCCUCGAUCUUUGACCUCGAACAGGCUGGUCUCGCGAGUACUUUAG